GGUCAUAUAUAUAAAGAUUGGCGCCGGCGCGACAGCUGAUCAUUAUUCGUUCAUUCAUUUCUGAGGUGGAUCAUUAUCGGUGGAACUCUGAAGCCUUCAAUUGACAGAAUGGCUAACGUUAGACGCAGUGGUCGCAUCACGUUGAAAGCAAGAGAUGAGAACGCACCAGAAGAGAAUGUCAAGAUCCGACGGAAAAGAAAAUCUGAGCCAUCCAAAAAGAUGCCACCCGCAGUGAUCAAACAAAGCUAUGAAAUUCAGAAACGGUGGUCAGAAGAAGGGGCAAGUCCAUGUGUCCUCGUAGAAACGCCACACAAGGAGCUGGAGAUGACAAGAGACCGGUCUGGCUUCAAGCAGUUCAGAUUCAAGAACAUCUUCAUCAAGACCUCACCGCUGCCCUGCCUCAGCUGGGCCAGCUCAGAUGACGUGUGGAUUAAGAUGCUGAACAAGGAGCUGAAGUAUGUCCAUGACAAGGGCUUCCUACAGCAGCACCCCAAACUAAAGCCCAAGAUGAGGUCCAUUCUCCUGGACUGGCUUCUAGAGGUGAGUGAGGUGUACACUCUGCAUCGACAGACUGCUUAUCUGGCUCAGGACUUCUUUGACCGCUUCAUGCUGACACAGGACGAUAUGGAGAAGGACCGACUGCAGCUCAUAGGCAUCACAGCCCUCUUCAUCGCGUCUAAGAUGGAGGAAAUCUACCCUCCAAAGCUCCAUGAGUUUGCCUACGUUACUGACGGAGCCUGUGAGGAAGAAGCGAUCCUGGAGAUGGAACUUGUCAUGUUGAAGGCGCUGAACUGGAACCUGUGUCCAGAGACUGUGAUCACAUGGCUGAAGCUCUAUGCUCAGGUGGAGUCUCUAAAGGAUGGUGUCAACUUCCUGGUACCUCAGUUCUCUCAGGACACCUACAUCCAGAUCACACAGCUUUUAGACCUGGCCAUCCUGGACAUCAACUCUCUGGACUACCAGUAUGGGAUACUGGCUGCUGCUGCCUUCUGCCAUUUUUUCUCUUUUGACGUUGUCCACCAAGUAUCAGGUCUGACGUGGGAUAGUAUUGCGCCCUGUGUCCGGUGGAUGACCCCCUUCAUGCGCACGGUCAGUGCCUGUCCCAGAGCAGAGCUCAAAGACUUUAAGACAGUGGCGUCUGACGACAGACACAACAUCCAGACCCACGUAGACUACCUGUCCAUGCUGAGCGACGCUCACCAGAGGCAACCGGACAGCCAAGACAGUCUGUCGCCUGCUGCCAUAGGAGGGAUAUUGACUCCACCAAAAAGCACAGAGAAACCAGCCAAUCACUGAGCCCCAGGGUCUCCUCGCGUUGAUCUUCUGGCCAACCCGAUGAAGGGAGAAUUCCCUAGACGUCACGCCUGACCAGCCGGAGGCGUAAACUUGACUUCGGAACCUCAUCCUCACGUGACCAAUCAAAUUUGCCUUUUGGUAAUAACUCACCUUUGUGUAGCAUGUUAAGAGGAGUUAUUUUACUUUAUAUACCAAGCUGGAUAUCAGUAUAUAUGCAGUACAACCAUGGAAAUUAGCUCAUGGUUACUAUAUUUGUAAGUUGCUCUGGAUAAGAGCGUCUGCUAAAUGACUUAAAUGUAAAUGUGUAAUGUAUUGACUUAGUCAAAUGAUUGCAACAAAAACACUGUUCUCCUAAUCUUAAUCCCCAGAAUUAGAAUCUUACAUGGAGAUCAUUUGAGGUGACUCAAAUCUUUCUCCAUAGGAAAACAUGUCUGCUGCUCCCUCUUUUACUUGAAGCUGAACAUCUCAAGACAUGAUGUUUUGAUAGCUAAAGAGCUCACAUUUCAUUUGGUACAUAAUACACAGUUGAGUUGCUCAACUCAGUCUCCUAACAUUGUGGUAUCGUAUGUAUUUAGUGCUGUUGAGUCUAAAUCUGGGUACUCCUGGGAAAGCUCAGCCGUACAAUAACACCGAAAGAAGUAUUGAUGUUUGCUGUGGUUACGUUUGAACAUUUGAGCCGUUUGAAAGGGUAGUGCAGGGUUAACUCUUCUCUAUACCGACCUAAGCACCAUUUUCGAACCUAUGUGUUCUCUUCACUGUGAACGACCCAUGUGCCUGCUGCAUUCUGCCACAACACAUUCCUGGAACACUUGACUUCAGUACUUUGAUUUAGGCCCCUUGGACCAAUUUACAACCAUGUCAUUUUAACAUUGUAUUUAUGUGUUCAUUUAAGCCUUAAAAUGUUUUUAUCUCCAUAUAUACAUUCAUAGGGCUAUGAAUCCAGUUCUUCAACAAUGCCAAAGGAAGGCAACCUAUUUAAGUCACGGGAUGCAUGUUAUUUAUGAUUUAGACAUCUGUUAUUGGGGGGGGGGGGGGGGUAUAAUGCAGUUACAUAUGAAAUGUUAUGUUGCGUAGUUCUGCGCAAGCCUGUCCGUGGUGCUUUAGUUGACCUGGUAUGGUGCUGUAAAGACUUGAGGUUCCAGUGGAGGACUCUAACACCCAGUCUGUCCAGCAAACCUGUGACUCAACUGAACCCUUCAGUGUCGUGCAGAGGCAGCGGUAUACAAAGAACCAUGUUUAAACUGUAAAUACUCACGUGUAUAUGUUAUGUACAUAAACUGAAUGUUCUGUUUUCUAAUGGAAACAUGAAAUGUAUUGAAUAAAUGAAAUGGAA